GUAAGGAGCUGUCCAUUCAGCACCACCAGGAGCCUCAUUUAACCCUUAUGAGAAAGACAAUAAACCCAUUUAAUGGAGAUUAUACAACAAGAAAUAGAUGCACUCGAUGGCAAUAGCGCGGAUAUCAUGAAGCAGAUGCCAACGCCGUCUGUUUGCAUAAAUCCUGCAGAUUUGAAGCAUUUGGUGGCAGCACUUGUGAAGCAGCAGGCGCACAUACGUAGAGAAGAUUGAGACUUCCAGUCAGUGACGCCGAGCUGCACAACAACAAGCCUCUCCUUCAGCCUGCUCUCCACACUCCUGAAUUCGGGUCCGAAUUUGCACACUGCAAAGCCAAGUCUGCAUCCCCGGCACGGCGAUCUGUCAUGAACUCUGGAAGCAGGCACUGAGAGACGAGACAGAGAUGUCUGGGACCCUCCAUCGCCUCCUGCUGGCUGGGACAUGUCUCUGUGUCUAUGGAACCCCUGUCCAUCUCCCAAACACCCCCACACAGGACAGUGACUGUGAUGGGCAGUGUGCCAGCCCAGUGACAACUGCUGGGUCAACGCACACUACAGACGUGAAGUCUGAACCCUCAGAUUCAGAACAUGUGACUGGCCUGAUAUUGAAUGCAGGUCCAGAAGGAGGGGCUGGCCCACUUGGACGUCCUGAGGGGACGGAUCCAGUGACGCAGGCCGAAAAUGGGGACAGCCUUGAUGGAAGAUUUGGGUCGAGUGAUGCUGGCGGAGAAGCAUGGAGCCAAAGGAGCGGGGUAAAGGAGGUCGGGAGCUCGUCAGAGAUGGGAGACGCUCAGUCAGAGUUAGUGCUGUCUGUUGAUCCAGAAGAUAAGGAGGACAUACCUGGCCUGCGUAUCAAGCCUGUGUUAAGUCCAGCCGGGAGUACCACAGGGUUUGCUCCAGAUGGAUAUUUAGCCUCCUCAAGAGUGCCACCACAGCUGAGCAUCACCGCCAGGGAGGGCAAAGACCAAGGUGAGGAAGCCAAACUGCCCAGUAAUGGUGAUUCUCUCCAGGAUAAAGAUCCAGAAACAAGCUUGCCAUCCUCUGCAGAACCAAAUACUGGAGAAUGGAUCCAAAAACUGACCUCCCACAGUCCCACACAUCCCUCGGUCUUUGCCUCCGCUCUGACCUCUACACAUUUGCCAAUUUGGGGCAAUGAUGGAGCUACAAUUUCCUCCCUCACAGACCCUUUGUUACCUGAAAUCGGACUAAACCUGAUGCCCAGAGAGGAUGGACCGGAAAGCCUGUGGACUGAGGCGGCGAGGCCCAGUGGUGUUCCAGUGGACACAGUGGUCCCGCCGUCUCAGGAUGAAGCCACAGAGGGCACCAUGUCGUCAGAGGCCCUCCCUCUCAUCUUCGAGCCUUUCGAAGAUGUCACCCCGGAGGGGGCAGCGGUGGCAGCGGUCACGCUGGUGCCCGGCAGCGCUCAGCCUCCUGCUGCCAUGGCGACCAGAGAAAUGCCUCAGUCAGAGGUGGAUUUGGACCAACUGGUCACCCUGGAGACAGACAGCGACGGUCCCUCGCAUGCCCUACCCCUGCUGAUGCCAGACUGGACGCUCCCUUGGCAGACGUCUGGCGGGGAGCUCCUGGAGCCAAUCAGCUCCUCUCGUCCAUCGGUUUCACAGCAGCAAGCUGCGACUGAGCCGGAGGACCACUCUGAGACAGGUGCUGCUAGGACGCCAAACCUUGAAGGGAACUUGCCCACCGUUGGCCCCUCCUUCUCAUCCUUCCAGCAUUCUAUGACAACGGUAACCAUGAAAACCCAUCACCCGGCACCCAGAUCCAGAUCAGGGUUGGAGGAGAUGGAGUCUGAGGAAGAGCCAGAUGAGAACUCUGAGGAGUCGGUGGAGGAUGAGAGCGAGGAGGACCUGACAGAAACCCCUAAAACAUUCUCAACGCAGCCUCCUUAUAGCCCCAUCCCUCCACCUCCUGUUUGGGUUCAACGCAACCAGGGGCUGAUGCGGAGCUGGGUGGAGCUGAUCAGAGAAAAGGCGGGUUAUGUGUCUGGGAUGUUGGCCCCUGUGGGCAUCGGCAUCACUGGGGCCCUGCUGAUCGUCGGGGCCCUCUACAGCAUCAGGAUGAUUCACCGCAAGAGGAGGAACAGCUUCAAACACCAGAGGAGGAAGGUCAGGCAGCCAGAGCAACCUCGAGAGCCCGGGACCAGCCGUCAGGACCAGGCUAUGCUGCUAGCUGACAGCUCCGAGGACGAGUUCUGAUGAGACCCUUCCGGGCUCCUUUUGUCAGUAACCAACGGCAGAUGCUCCUUUAAAGAAGAGGGUCGGAAAAGACCGCCAUCGCUAUGACUACCGCAUCUCCAAUCACCCUGGGCUGUUUGGCUAUGACUCAUCUGGUCCACAGAGUGCAACUGGUAAUAGGGCACAAUUUGCAACGGCUGCACAAAGGCCGGCUUUGCAUACCCCCCCCUUUUCUAAAAGUACCAAGGUGAACACUUUUCUUGAUGUUGUCAGGGCUGGCGUGAUAAACUCUGACACAAAAAUGUAUAUGAAUGCUUGUAUAAAAAAAAGAAGCAUUAGCAGGGUAUUGGAUGAGAGUGCUGCUGGUAAACUGUUGGACCAGUAGGUGUUCUGUCAGGUAAUAAAAAGGAGCUUUGGAAGAGUUACAUCCAUGUAAAUAUACACAGUAAAAUGAGAUUAUCUUCAAGAAAUUCAAAGAGCAAGAUUUCCUCACAUUUCAGAAACCUUCCCAUACAAUUCAUUUCAACUAAUGCGUCGUUUAAAUGUGAAUUUUGUGGAAAUGUAAAUGUUCUAUUCAAAGGCAUUUGUUCAUAAAAAUUACUGUGAGACGCACAUGAAAAAAUACCAUAAUCCUACAAAAGUAUGUAGCAUAAAACAGAUUUUGAUGUACAAUAUAACGAAUAUGAAUUCAUUCUUUUGCCACUUUAAGUGCAUGACUACGGAGUCUAUUCCCACUAAGACUACACAGGCCCGGUGCAGACUUCUUCCCGAUGAACGCAGGGUUUACGCUGGCUGAAGAAGCACAAACAUCAAAGACUAAUUCAUGUUUUCAAAAGUGUCUCGUGUGUGUUAAUCUGGUUCAAACAAAGCCAACACGUCGAGCCCAACGUCCCAUUGCUGAGAUGUAACAUGUCGUCCAAUCAAAUCCUUACGUUUGACGUAGAAUCAUUUCAUAAAAUCUACUGUGUUAGACAAACAAGGUGCAAGAAAUAUUUAACACUACUCAUUUGAGCCAUGUCUGUAACAACACGCAAAGUAGUGUCUUAUGUUCAAAGAAAACAUAUUUUUGGUAACUUCAUUGCCAUCGGAUACGGAAAUGUAUUGUACUGCCUGUUAAUAUGCAAUAAUACUGUUUUAGAUUAAGUGUAAUGUAAAAUAGGACACUUUAGUCUCUUAAUGUAGACAAGAAACAUGUGAUCUAAUAAAUAAUUCUUUAAGAUG